AUGUACUUAAUGCAUCAUUUGCUAAGCAAUCACCAAGUCACGGCAAAGGCUGAGCUCUCAAGCAGUAAGCCACUUUUCCAUUACAAUUUCGUACAUCUCAAGCCAUCAAUGAAGACCCAUGUGGCCAAGACAGUAUAUGUCCUGACCUAUCUUCACCUUGCCACUAUUGGAAGAAUACAUUCAGCAACAGGAGUAUCAGCAGACUUUGACUAUUUGUUGAUAUACAGCGCAAAAGUCGAGUGGGAUGACAAGAUGCAGAUAGCUAAUAAAAAGUGCAGUAUAGCAAUCAAAAGUUGGCAAGUACAUGGCUUUACCUUGCGAUAUAAAGUGAGCACAGUCUUUCGACCAGACCGCUCGUCUAGAUCCCACCAGGAUCCUGUUAAUCCAGGAGGUCUGGCCACGGCGUUGUUUUCAAAAUCAGACACGAAUCGAAACGAAUCUCUUAGUUUGUUCCACCGAUCCAUGCAUGCUUUGCAGCUCCUAUCCGUUGUUGGAAUAGAUAUAUCUAUGGGGUUAGGGCUAGAAUGA